UUUAUUAUUUCGUUUAUCGUUUAGAUUCCUAUCAAACUUAAUAUCAUUUUACACAUCCGUAUCUUUUCCCAGAGUUCCAUUAACAAAAUGAUUAUCUACAAGAUCCUCAUACAAUCCCACAGUGGCUAUCUACGAUUUUUAUCCGGAGUGGAAUUCCCUAAUUUUACUAACAGUACAUUUUAAAUUAUACAUAACAAGGCUUUUGGAAAAUUGGGAACCACGGGGUUGAAAAAGUGGAUACUCUUGUAUUAUUUUUCUGUGCCCUAUAUUUUGGGGUUGAGGACACCCCAGUUUCUCUCUAGAUGGCCUUUAAACUCCAUGCAUGAUCCGAUCAGAAGUGUAAACACGUAGUUCUAACAAGGGUUGCCAGUAUCCUGCGGUACCUCCACUGCCCUUCUCUCGCCUCGAUCAGGCAUCUAGGAAACAGGAGGAGUGCACUGAGGGUGCGCGUAGAGAAAUCAGUUGUGCAAAGGAGGCUAACGCCCAGCUGCCCGGCAGAUCGCGGGUUUGUACGUACGCGAUAACAUUUCGACAAUCUUCAUCCAAUUGUUAAGCGCCUUAGAGUAUAAGAUAAGAUCGAUUCUCGGACUUGUUCUUACCCCUUGCGUGUUAAUUUCUAUCGCGUUUAACACGUUACAGUAGGCCAUAAAUCGUAUUUCCGAAAAGGGCACAUCAUCUGUGGGUUAUAAUUACCUUACACAAUGAGACGACGAAAGCUCUUAUUCUUCCGCUAAAUAAUUGUUAUAUAUAACACUGAAAAAUUAAUACAAAUGUCCGUAACAAGAACAGUGAAUGUCCACUGGAAAAAAUAGUAUGAAACAUUUUUGUGUGUUGUGUUUAUAAAAUAGGCGCCCAAUUGAGCGUAUUAACUCUCAUCUUUGUAUGCUGUGCUUUAUAUAUAUAGACGUAUUAACACGCACGAUAUCAUGACUUUAUACACCUGUAGAUGCACGGGUGUCCAUGCAGUUUCGUUCUCAGAAUGUUGUUUCCAUGUGAAAAUGAAGUGUAAUCCUAUUUUGAUGAAACAUACGAAAGGACAAGUGCACUCUGAGCGCGGUGAAGAGGGGCAUUGAAUCUUCAAAUUGGGACAUAGAGGUUGAUUCAAAACAGCAUCUGUAUACAUCAUUGUUUUCAUUGAUUCCAUAGUUAAUUAUAAAACAUUCUUUUAUUUUACAGUACAUCUUGAAUUAACGACACAAACAGGUAAACAACUUUAAUAACUAAAUUAAGAAACGCUAAUUCACACGUUAAGUCUCGGAAAAUUCUCUGUUUAGAAAAAUGAAACUCAUCUACUACCUGUACUGUCUGAGCUUAAUCGGAGUGUCCACGACGAACGAGGUGUCGUGCGGAGAUCGUCUUACAGCCCCAAGAGGAGUAAUCCAAACCCCAAAUUUCCCCAAGUCGUUCCCGGUUCCUAUCAAAUGUCGUUGGGUAAUCGAUGUGUCCGAAAUUCCAACCACCAACAGUUCCAUCGUCGUGUACCUGACGCAGGUCUACGUGUACAAAGGACUCAGUUUCACCGAGUACGCUUAUUACGAAUCGGAGACUACGAACUACGGCGCCACGUUGAUCAAGGAGAUCACCGAAGGCAACGUGUUCGAAUACAGGUGGUUCAGAACGUUCAGUCCGUUUCUCGUCGUGGAAUUCGAGCUUGAUCGGUUGGAGGGUAAUCACGUACGCGUCCUGAACGAUCUGCUGGAUGUGUACGGGUUCAAUGUCACGUAUCAGAUGACCGAGGACGUGCCCAAUCCUAAUUCUUGUUCUGUUCAACGGUGCUCUUACACGGGCGACUGCCUCAUGUCCAUGGAUUACACGAAUUUUUGGUGCAACUGUUUCAACGGCUUCUCUGGAAGGGAUUGUAACAUAGGACCUCUCUGUUUCGACGGUGAGAACCCGGUCUGUCAAAACGGAGGCACGUGCAGGCAAAUUGGAGCAAAAGCGAUGAAUUGCCAUUGCCCCGGCGGCUACGUGGGACGCAACUGCGAGAUACGCCUUCUAGACACGAUAGACGGUGAAUGCGGAAUCGAGAAUUGCAUAAUACAAUGCCCUUACAAUGAAGAGGAGCGGAGACCGUGCAUGUGCAGAAAUGGCACCAAGAUAUAUAAUAAUCGUUCGAGGUACGAGUGCAGGAUCAAAUUAUCUAACGUCACGUCACUACGAUCCGGCCUGAUAACGCAACACGGUAGCUUGGAGACGUACAUCGGCAAACAGCUUGCAAAGUAUUUAAGGAAUUCUAACAUCUCGUCUAUGGAGGAUUUACAAAUCCUGAGCGUGACACCUACGUCGGAGAUCACUGUCCACUUUUUCGGAAACUCGGAAGAUGGAGAUAAGAUUCGAGAAUCUCUCAAUAAGCUGGUGCAGCGUCGACGACUUAGCGAGAUCUCCCUCGAAUCGACUCACUUCACAUUUCAGCAAAAGCCAGCUCCCAAAUUGCAGAGUCUCCGUCUUGAUCAAGGAAAUGAACACGAGGUUCAUUUGGGGGAUCAGUUCAUCUUAUCUUGCACCGCGCAAGGCAGCUAUGGAAUGAAUUUCACCUGGUACAAGGAUAAUAUGCUGGUGAACAUGCACAAGGCAACCAGAGAAAUCUGGUACAAGCAUCUUCCAAAUGAUGGUUCUGAUUUCCAUACAUCACUAUUAACCAUUGAGAAGGCAUCCAUGCUGGAUGCGGGUCAAUAUACAUGUCAGAUAGUUGAUUGGGGCGUACAGCAAUGUAAAAGCAUUUAUGUUGACGUGAGGGAUGAGCCAAAUGUGAAGGUGAUGCCAAUGAGUGCUACUAUAGAUAAGGGAAGCAGCAUACAAUUAACGUGCAUGACACCCAAUAUGCCCAACAUUGACAUAGGUUUUGGUUGGACUAAGAACAGAGCCUUGCUUAAGCUGGAACCUGGUAGUGAAGUGUGGGAGGAUCUUUAUCCUUCAGGAAGUAUAUUGAAAAUCACAAAUGCUCAGAAAUCAGCAAUAUACACGUGUAACGUAGCCGACAAGUCAAUGUCCGUCCGUGUAGAAGUUGUAAAUCGAACACUGAUUCCCAUUUGCUUGAAAGGAAUGUCUUGGGGAUUAAAUUGGCCAGAUACAGUCCCAGGUUCUGAAGCAUUAUUAGAAUGUCCUCAGUAUUUUAUAGGGAAGAAAGUAUCCAGGCUGUGUUCUAUGAAAGAUGCGACUACACCUGAAUGGCAGAUACCUGAUUUUUCUUCUUGCUUGUAUGAACCACUCAUCUUGUAUUACAACAAGUUUAAGAGUCUGACUCUGGGUUACCAGAAUACAACUGGCUCUGAAACAAUUUUUGCUUUCUGGGAGAUCUUGCGAUCACGGAGUAUGCCACUUUACCCAGGAGAAGGAGAUCGAAUUCUGAAUAUAUUAGCCGAGAUUGAACAUUAUCAGCAAAAUGUCGAACCAUCAGAUUUGCAUGCAUCUACAGAUGCUCUUAUACGAAUUAUCGGUCGAGUAUUGAGCGACAAAAAUUCAGUUCUUAGCCAACAAAAAGUGUUACUGCUGCUGCAAAUUAUGCGAAGAAGCUUGACUUACUGGAGCAGAAACGAUACUCAUCCUUAUAAACAUCUAUCUCUUCCUUCGCUCGUGGUAGAUGUCCAAGAAUUACAACAGCACAGUGGUGACAGCAUUACGCAUUCGCUUCAGAUCUCUGCAGACGAUUCCACAUAUCCAAAUUGGUACGAAGAUAAAACGACCAUACGAUUGUGGAAGAAACGACUACGUGGUUUAAAGGCCAACGGUACACUCAGUGGAAUCGUAAUUGUUUACAAGAAUGUGUCCCAUUUUCUUCCAAAUACAUACGUCAAAGAACUUGACGAUGGCACAGACCUCGAAUUUCGUAUUAAUUCCCGCAUCAUCACCGUGGCAGUACCUGCAUUCAAUUUUGAUAAGCAUAAUAAGAUAUGGGUGGAUCUACAAAUAAAACACGUGCAAAAUCAAUCUAAUUUUUGGAACGUGUCUUGUGGCUUCAUGGAUGACAUGGGAAUGUGGGAUCUGAACAGCUGCAUUGCUAACACAUUACCAGGAGACUCCACGACUCAUUGUCUAUGUCCUAAUACUGGCACAUUCGCAGUUUUUCUAACGGCACGUGCAGUGAGGGUAGUACUUGCAAAAAGAGAACAAACGACAUUUAUCGUGAUAUUUGGAUGCGGUAGCUGUUUACUACAGUGUCUUUUGUCCUCUCUGAUCCUUGGAUACUUUUGGUGGAGGAAUCGAAGUUGGUUAAAUUUUCUGAAACUGCAGUGUUGUGGUGCUUUGGUCGGAGCGAUGACUGUAUUUAUCUACGCUGUACAUAACAAUUUACCAGAGAGCUCAUAUGCAGUCGUGGCGAUCGCUUUGGAAGCAUUCCUUUUAAUCGGCAUGUCUGCACCAAUAUCAGAAGCUCUGAUAAUCUUCGCGGGCCUGACUCAAGCUCGAUCCAAUCAUCAUUUUCAACCUACUGUCAUUGCAGUAAUUACUGGUGUACCUAUCUUAGCAGUACUAACUACUGAAUUAACACACAAGAGCACUGGCUGGCGACACGAAUCGUGGUGGUUGAUUUUUGGUAGCGGAGUUUACAAUAUAUUCGUAACUUGUGCCACAAUGAUGUUACUUAUAUUCGUAUUAUUGUACCUGGGAAUUUUGCACAAAGCUCAUGCACUCGUCGAGGAAAAUGUGAUGAAGAAAGAAGCGAUAGAAACAAGACUACGAAUGCUUCAUCGAGCUGCGAUCGUCAUUUGUGGCGUGAUCGCAAUGGAAGCUUCUUCCAUCUUCUAUAUAAACUCCAAUUCUAUCAUCUUCCACUAUACAUUCGCUUCUCUUUCUUCAUUUUUAGGAUUUAUCAUAGUAAUGGUUUACAUUGUGAAUGGCGAGCUAGCGAUCAUCGACUUAAUUCUACGGAAAAUGACAUGGAAACGAAACACUGAAGAAGAAAUAACAUCUGAACCGAUCAAAGUGUGUUCGAAGAGCGCAGAGGUUGAAAACGACACGGCACCGCCUCCAUCAUCGUUGAGCAUCGGGGAAUCGUAUCUUGAAGCUCGCGGUAUCGCAGCUGGCAGUAUAGAUAUGCGCGAAUUUAUGAACGAGUCCUCUUCAUCGUAUUCAAAGCCUUCCGUCUCCGUUGCCGGCAGGUUCUUACCAGAAAUACGCAUAGAUCAUUCGGACGAUAUAAAUCUAGAAAAUUACAAUACCAGUCCACGAAAGUAUCAAGAGGCAAUCACGACAUUUGACAGCGUAUUCACUGCACGUGGUUCACACUGUGUGAACGAACCACCUUACGGCAGUGGUGAGUGUUGUGGCUUCAGGGAAUUCGGCAAAUACCGCGAGUCACAGGGACAAAUUUUUAUUGCGCACAAUCCGUCGCCAGAGAGCGCUGCAAAAGUUUUGUGCAGCGCUGACGUCGAAUCUCGUCUAAGUGGUAUGCCAGACGUCACUUUGGCCGUGAAAAAUGACAUUGAGCUACUAUCUACAACGGAGUUGAAGAGCAGAGAACACGUGAACGUUAUUCCCGACAUAGCCAACACCACCGAACGUAAGCAACCAGACGGAGAAGAGAAUACACCUGAAAUAGUAAUUACGAACUGUGAAGCCACUACGAGCGGUAUGCUCGAUCGUAUUGCCCAUGACCUUGACUAUUUACUGAAUCGUACACACUCCACAGAUGGAACUUAGAUAUAAGCAUAGUAUAAGUCUGGGCAAGUCGAUGCCCUUUGGACAGUUAUUUCAUCGUUACCAGCGAUCGUUUGCUGUAAAAAUAUUUAAGCAGUACUGCCCUUUAUACGGUUCGACCUCCAUUAUUCGUAUCUUCCAUCGGUUUUUAUAACACACGUGUGUAUGUUUAAUCUGUAUAGAACACACACAUACAUGUAUGAAUAUUGGCGUAACUGGAACUUUUGUUUGGAGUGAGACAGAAUCUCCUAACUUUACCAAUAGUACCGACGCUCAAUGCCAGGCUAUGACCAAGUGGCUCUUGAAAAGUUAGAAAAUUGAAAUUUUAGGAAUUAAAAAUUGAGGAUUGGUAAUUAGGGAGGAGCAAUAUGUAUUUUGAAGUGGUCAAGCCCACCUUGCUCCCUAUCUAGUUACAACCAUCUACAUGUGAAGGUGUGAGGUCUAACUUAGAAAUCGACUUUGCUAAACAACACUGGUUUAGAAUGUUUGAUAGUGCAUGUAGAUGAGGUGAUUCAUCAGAUAAAUAGGAAAUUUAGAUUCGAUUGGGUCAAGGAUAUAUCAUGUAACAGUACAUAGAAUAAAAUACAAAGCUAAAUUGAAACACAUUGAAUAAAGUUUCUAUAAUUUUUCUAAUAUAGAUACAUAAUAUAAUAGGUUGAGUUUCAUGCAAAUUUAAAAAGUAUUUAAGAUACAUCUAGACAUUUGAAGAGAACCAUGUAAAAGAUUUUGGUCAAUAUUGUCUUAUAUGUUUCACAAAAUGUUACUUUGUCUACUGUUAAAUGAUAAAGGUGUACUAUUCUCAGCAGAAAAGAAGUGCUCAGGGAUGGCACAGAAGUAAAGGGGGAUACUUCACGCACACUACUCGAUUCUCUAUUCUUAUACGAGCUUAAUUAGUAGAUGUGAUCGCUUUGACUACUCGAGGCCCCCUUCGUUCCGACCAAUUGGACCCACAUUCCUUGUAGGGCACUUCUUCUCUGCCAACAGUAGCGGGCAAGGAAAUUUUGAGGUUUUAUCGAUGAAUUUUAUCGAAUACACGUUGAAACGAGUAAACGAACGGCAAUUUUUAAAAAAUAUUAUUAUUAUUAUCAUCGUCGUUGUCGUUUAUAAUGUUACUAAAUGUUUUAUCACGUAACAAAGACCUAGCAUCGUAACAGUAUUACAGUAAACCUGCAGUGUGUGCAAUACGAAUGAAAAAAUUAUACAAUUCAUUUAUUUAUUUUACAAAAACGUAUACAUUUUUCUCAUUAAAUACUUCUAAGAAAGUUCAGUCGUAAAGAGACUAUUUGUAAUUACGUUUUUCUUUACACUCCAUCCAUAAAAAGUUUUACAUCGAAGAGACAUUUCAUGUUUCUCCUUCUGCUAUAACGUUACAGGAAUAAAUUUUUAUAAAACGCA